CUGGCAUUGCAUCAAAUUGAGCAAUUCCUAAAGAAGGAUAAAAAAGAACUCUCACCCCGGCGCGCCGGCGCCGGCGCCCGCUCAUCCCAUUCCCCAGCUGCGUUCAUCCCCAACCUCUCCGAGGUAAACCUAGCUCCGCCUCCUCCGUCGCCUCCACCCCUGCUCGAGGGACGCACCGAGGCCAGCGGCGGCGCAGCUUCUCCGCGUUCUCCGCCGCGCCUACCCGCCUUCCACUGUCGAGGGACGCCGCGACAAGCUGCUCGGCGGACGGUAGCGGCAAGAAGCGGCGGCGCCGCCAGCUUCUCGGUAGCGCACCGGAAAACUACAAAAGACCCAAACCCUCCCUCCAGCGACUCCUCGCUCCUACUUGCGAAGGCCGCUCGAUGGGGAGGCGGGGGCUGGCGGCUGGCGCCGGCGCCGUCUCCAGGGUUCGAUUCGCGCCGUCCUCUAACAACCUCAUGGUCUCCUCCUGGGAUUCGGGGCUGCGGCUGUACGACGCGAACGCCUCCACGCUACGGCUGGAAGCAAAUUCGGAGGCGGCGCUUCUGGACUGCUGCUUCAAGGACGAGUUUGUGGCGUUCGCCGGCGCUUCGGAUGGAUCCAUAGUGAGGUAUGAUUUGCAUUCAGGCGCUCAAGAUACAGUGGGCCUGCAUGACGAUGUGGUUGUUAGCACUGAGUUCUCCCAGACGACUGGUCAACUAAUUACUUGUAGCCUUGACAAGAAGUUAUUUUUCUGGGACACAAACGCAAGAAGUGUAAACCCUAACAACACUUUAGUGUUAGAGUCAGUGGUGGGAUCACUUUCAGUCUGUGGCAUGUAUAUAUUAGUUGCAGUUGAGAGAGAUGUUUACUGGUAUGACAUGAGGAAUCUAACAGGACCGAUUAAGGCAAAAGAUUCCCCUUUGAAGCAUCAUAUACGAUGCCUUCAUUCUUCUGAACAGUUGAAGGGUUAUGCGGCUGGCUCUAUGGACGGAACUGUUGCAUUGAAGUAUUUUGACCAUGGAGUAGACAAUGAUAAGGGAUAUACUUUUCGAUGUCAUCCAAGAUCAGGAGAUGGAACAUCCAGUUUGGUUCCCAUAAACAGUAUAGCAGUUCAUCCACUCAAGGAAGCUUUUGUUACUGGAGAUAAUGAAGGAUAUGCCAUUGUCUGGGACGCUCUAUCAAAAAAGAAGCUGCUUGAGUUUCCUAGCUAUUCGGGCAGUGUGGUGUCUAUGGCGUAUAACCAUAGCGGUCAACUUUUAGCAGUUGCUUCAAACUGUUCUCAUCAAGGAGCAGAAAGAGUGAUAGAGGUGGAUGGGCACCAGAUAUAUAUUGAAACAUUGCGGAACUCCGAAGGAAAGCCUCCAUACUAGAAGCGAGUAUCUACCAAUCUUGUACAACUAAUGGAACUAAACAUGCCCCUAGCAUUAGAUUCUAUUUUUUUUUCACUAACCUUAUUGAGCUGGAUAGAGUGUUGUAAUUUCUUGUAUGUCUAGGCAUUGUUGUUGUUACAUAGGUUAGCACCAUUUGAAUGGCACAGCUCCCCAACAGAAACUUGGGUUGCGCACAUGGUUAGGAGAUUUAUUAAAGAUAAAUAACCUAUUUGUGUAACUACUCUAUUUUUUCCCAAGCGACCCAACUAAGGGAUCUAUUUUUUUCCA